CUAUCGAAUUCCUGAGACGAUAUCAUGGUUCCUCUAGGUUAUCUCAAGAAGUCGCAUCGUGUCUUUCACCAUCAACUGUCUCAGAAUGCUUUCACCAAAGUUGCAGCCUAUGCUGCUCGCAUACAUGCUACUGCCGUUCGCGGCUGGAGCCCUUUUACAAAGGGACUGGGUCGUUACAUGGGAAGUCGGCGCGCCAAAUGGCCAGGAGAGGCAAAUGAUCAAAAUCAAUGGUCAGUUCCCUGGGCCAGCCAUCAUUUGCGAUCAAGAUGACGACAUUGAAAUUACUGUCCACAACAAGAUGCCAUUCAACACGACCGUCCACUGGCAUGGCAUGAUGAUGCAGGGAACGCCUUGGUCUGAUGGGAGUCCCGGCCUCUCUCAAAAACCAAUCGAGUCAGGACAAAGCUUCAUAUAUCGAUUCAAGGCCUUUCCCGCGGGCACUCAUUGGUACCACUCUCACUCAAGAACAACAGUGCUGGAUGGUCUAUACGGGCCAAUCUUCGUUCGACGUAGAGCUGAUGAUCCAGCACCAUGGCAUCUUAUUAGUGACAGCGUAGCUGACGUUAAUGCGAUGAGCCGAGCUGUGGCGGAUCCUAAGAUACUGAUGAUCUCAGAUUGGACUCGCUUCAUGUCCUGGGAGUACAUGGAAGCUGAGGACAGCUCAGGAAUGACCAUUUUCUGUUCCGAUAGUAUUCUUGUGAAUGGGAAGGGUAGCUUGUACUGCCCCGGAGUUGACAAGUUGAUCAACCUCACUAGCACGUACAUGAAGUACGGCUUGUACCCUCGGCAGGUAAAUGAUAAGGGAUGCUUUCCAUUCAUGAAAUCUACCCAGGGCCCAUAUCUGAGGCAGGGAAAGCCCGAGACGAUUCCACUACACCUCCAACAGGGCUGCGUUCCUUCCGAAGGUGCAAAAGAGAUCAUAGAAGUUGAUGCGGAAGCCGAGUGGGUUAGUCUCAACUUCAUCGGUGGCGCAACCUUCAAAACAAUCGUGUUUUCUAUCGAUGAGCAUGAGAUGUGGGUCUACGAAGUCGACGGAGACUACAUUGUCCCUCAGCGAGUAGACACAGUUCACAUGUACGCUGGCGAAAGGUACGCUGUCAUGAUCAAACUCGACAAGUCUGCCAAAGACUACACGAUUCGCGUGGCGGAUAAUGGCUUGACGCAAGUUAUAUCGGCGUUCGCGACACUUCGGUACAAGGGAGGCACUCAAAAGGAGGAGUCAACCGGAGUGAUCGACUACGGAGGGCAAAAUAGUACUGUCGGCCUGGUCGUCACUACGCUUGAUCGCGAUCGUUUACCACCGUUCCCGCCCAACCCACCUGCACGCAAGGCAGAUGCAAUGCAUGUCCUGCAUACGCAUCGCUGGAAAGUUGCGUGGAAGUACACAAUGUCCGGCCAGGGCAUGUACGAGGAAGACCGCAGCGCAUAUAAGCCACUGUUGUACGAUCCCCACUCGGCCGAUGCCAUGGACGAGGGGCUUGUGAUCCGUACCAAGAAUGGCAGUUGGGUCGACCUCGUUCUACAGGUCGGCUCUCAGCCCGGGCAACCUCAGGAGUUUCCACAUAUGAUGCACAAGCAUACCGGCAAGACAUGGCAAAUCGGUGCUGGCCUGGGCAUAUGGAACUACUCAUCCGUCGACGAAGCGAUAGAAGCGGAACCUCACAACUUCAACCUAGAGACUCCCAACUGGAGAGAUACGUUCGUCACUUCAUUCGAUGGGUCCGCGUGGCUCGUUCUACGUUAUCAGGUUACGAACCCCGGCCCUUGGCUGUUUCAUUGUCAUAUUGAGACUCACUUGGCCGGCGGCAUGGCAGUUGCCAUACUCGACGGCAUCGACGCCUGGCCCCAAAUCCCUCCAGAGUACGGUCCUGAUCAGCGGGGGUUUCUGCCAGGUAGUCUACCGGAAUUGGAAGGCGGGGAGCAUCGUGCUUCAAUACAGACAGAGUGUCCCCUUGGAGGAGCGCCCAGCUCAGUGUCAUCUGAGCAGGUAGGGAGCAGUACGGAGUCCGAGAAAGCAAGAUGGGAAUCAUUGGUUCAAGGUUUGAUCAAGGUCCUGCAAACAUGGGUUUCGGAUGAGCAUCGUCAAGUUUAGACUGAAGUUACACUCAUGGCAUAAGUAUAACCUGGGCGACAAGUUUGCUGCCUUGCGCGUUCUUGCAUUCAAUUGGGAUCUUAGAAUUGAAACCUCAGACUAGAAAAAGAACUUCCUUGAGACUGCUCGCAUACUAUUUAGUUU